CUGAAUGUAUUGUGUGUGUGUAUAUAUAUAUAUAUAUACAUAUAUGCACAUCUACAUGUACACAUACACGUACACCUAUGUCUUUAUCUGUGUCUAUCUCUAUUACUGUGUUUACUACAGGGUUUCUCAACUCUGCCAUGGUGACAGUUUGGACUGGAAAUUUUCUUAUUGUGUGGAGUUACCCUGUAUAUAGUAGAAUGUUUAGUAACACCCCAGGCUUCCAUUAGAUAUGAAUAGUACCCUUCUCCUAGUUGUGACAUCCAAAAUGUCUCAGACAUUGACAAAUGUUCUUUGGGAACAAAUUUUAUCCAAUUGAUAACAAGUUAGAUUUCUCUUUCUUUCCCUCUUUCCUUCUCUCUCUCUAUCUUCAUGUGUCUAUGCUUUAUUUUUGGGAGGCGGGUUUAAUUUCAAAUAACUCUAUUGGACAGUUUGGAUUUAUCUUAUUCAUUUAGCAUAUUGCCCUUGUAUACCAAAAAUCUACCAACGGUGCUACAUAAAACCUAUUGACUAUGCUGUUGUCUCUAUCCAGAAUAGGUUUGCUGACAGACCAAGAUGGACAAACACAAUCUAACAGUGCUGAAUGAGUUCAUUCUGUUGGGAAUCACAGACCGCCCUGAGCUGCAGGCUCCAUUGUUCGGGCUGUUCCUCAUCAUCUACAUGAUCUCAGUGGUGGGCAACUUGGGCAUCAUCAUCCUCACCAAAAUGGACUCCAAGCUACAAACGCCCAUGUAUUUUUUUCUCAGACAUCUGGCUAUGACUGAUUUUGGUUAUUCAACAGCUGUGGGACCAAAAAUGCUAGUCAAUUUUGUUGUAGAUGAAAAUACAAUCUCCUAUUAUUUUUGUGCUUUACAGCUCACUGUCAUUGUUUUGUUCAUAAGUGGUGAACUUUUCAUUCUGUCGGCAAUGUCCUAUGACCGUUAUGUAGCCAUCUGUAGCCCUCUGCUCUACACAGUCAUCAUGUCACAAAGGGUGUGUUGGAUGCUGGUGGCAAUCCUGUAUUUUUAUUGCACAUUUGUUUCUCUUCUUAUCACCAUAAAGAUUUUUAAUUUAUCCUUCUGUGGCUGCAAUGUCAUCAGUCAUUUCUACUGUGACACUAAUCCCUUGUUAUCUUUACUCUGCUCAAACACACAUGAAAUUCAAUUGAUCAUUUUCAUCUUAGGAUCUCUUGAUUUGAUUACAUUCCUUUUAAUAGUUCUUGUUUCAUAUCUGCUCAUUUUUGUAGCCAUUCUCAGGAUGCACUCUGCUGUGAGCAGGCACAAGGCCUUCUCUACCUGUGGAUCCCACCUGAUGGUAGUGGUACUGUUCUAUGGGACUUUAGUCUUUAUGUACAUGCAGCCCAACUCCAGUCAUUCUUUUGAUGCUGAUAAAGUGGCUUCCAUAUUUUACACCCUUGUUAUCCCCAUGUUGAAUCCCUUGAUAUAUAGCUUGAGGAACAAAGAUGUAAAAUAUGCCUUACAUAGAACUUGGAAAAAAAUAUGCAACGUCUUUUCUAUAGUUUGAUUCAUUAUAUGGUUUCUAUGAAAUACAUGAUGGGUUUUAAACCUUGUCUGUGUGCCUCUGUAGGGUUUAGCAAGCACACAUAUAUUCCACAUAUAUUUAUAAAUAUCUUAUG